GAACCUUCAAAUUUUUUCUUCCCAACUCCCGAAUCCAAAUAAUCACCAUGAAAUGAUAGAACCCAUUUCUCAUUUCAGUCAUUUCCACCCCAAAACCCUUCGCCUAAUCUUAACCCUAAUUCUCAUCCCACCCACCAUGAGACCCAUCUCUCCAAGAACCCUCUACCACUUCUCUUCCUCCUCGCUAUCUCCUCCUCCUCCUUUUCUUCAGAUUUCUCACUUUUCGACCUCUUCGUCAGCUCACCAUUUUCACAGUCACUCUUCUUUCAGACGCCACGAUGAGGAGGUUCGGAACGUGAGGAUUUUGGUUUGGUGGGACUUUGAGAACUGCCAUUUGCCGGCCGGCGUCAACGUGUUCAAGGUAUCACAUGCGAUCACCACGGCUAUCAGGACCAGUGGGAUAAAGGGCCCCAUUCAGAUCACGGCUUUCGGGGACAUGUUGCAGCUAUCAAGGGCCAACCAGGAGGCCUUGUCGUCUACCGGGGUCAAUCUUACUCACGUUCCUCACGGUGGAAAGAACAGUGCUGAUAGGUCUCUUCUUGUAGAUCUUAUGCAUUGGGUUUCUCAAAAUCCCCCACCAGCACAUCUUUUCUUAAUUUCGGGUGACAGGGAUUUUGCUACCAUUUUGCACAGGCUAAGAUUAAACAACUACAAUAUAUUGCUAGCAAGUCCAGAAAAUGCUCCUGGUGUCCUCUGUAGUGCUGCAAGUAUCAUGUGGCCAUGGCAUGCUUUGCUUACAGGUGAAAACCUCACUGGAAAGUAUUUUAACCAACCACCUGAUGGUCCCUAUGGUUCUUGGUAUGGCCAUUACAAGGUGCCUCUUGAAGACCCAUACUCGGUCAUUGAGCAGCCAGCAUGUUCACAGACUGAGAAGUUGUCUGAACCUGGUUCAGAAUCUAAGCCUCGUCCAAUUCCAAAUACGGUCAUGAAGCAAAUUCGUCAGAUAUUGAACUCACAUCCUAAAGGAAUCUCCACUACAGACCUUCGCAUGGAGCUUGGAAAAUGUAAUAUGAGUUUAGAUAGAGACUUCUAUGGGUAUAAAAAGUUUUCCCGCUUUCUUUUAUCAAUGCCCCAUAUUUUAAAGCUCCAAUCAGUAGGUGAUGGAAACUUUCUUGUACAUGGCGGAAGCACAAAAUCAUCUGAACCAUGUCAGUCCAAUGUAGGUAUGUCCACAGAGUCCAGUGGUGAUAAUGGAGGCUGGGAUCUCAGUUUAGCUUCACAGUUAGAUUAUGAAGACAAAUCUAUUAAUAUAAGUACAAAUGGAAAGUUGUCAUCACCUACAUCCCAUGAACCAAAUGUGGGAGACCCUAUAGAAUUGCAAUUGCCUUUUUCCCCUAAGUCAGAUGGGAAGUCACUAUUGGCUCCUUCCCCUGAGAAUGUGAAGUCUUCAGCAAAACCACAUCUUUCUCCGCUUGAUGAGAAGUCACUGUCCACUCCUUCCCCUGAUAAUGUGAAGGCUUCAGUGCCCAUGGAUGAGAAGUUUGUCAAAGUGGCUAAAAAUUUAGAUACUGAGCCUCAUUUUCCUCCGGCGGUUGCACAAGAUUCUGCAUCUGAGGUGGGUUAUUUUAAGAGGAUUUGGAGAAAAUGGUUUGGCUGUAGUGAUAAUGUUUCAGGGACUAGAAGUCAUGACAGUCCGGAAAAACAUUACACUUCUGAUAAUGUCACUGAGAAGGAAGAAGAUGACACCCCAGUGAAACAGUGUACUUCUGUUGGUAACUCUAGACAAAGAAAAGACAAGGAAAAGUCUGUGGGAUCAACGAGUCAAGUUGUUGAUCAAGCACCUCCUACUUCAUCUUCUUCAUCCUAUAAUGAAUCAGAUAAGGACAACGAAACUGCGACAAGAACAAGUCAAGGGAUUUUUGGUCAGAUAGUAAACUGGUGUAAAUUCCGGAGAAGUAUCCCAAGCUCUGAUAAAUUGAGUGAUCAAUCCUGUGACAGACCAACCCUGAUGAACACUCACUCUCAGGAACACAUGCUCUUUUUGACGGAUUCAUUUUGGGGCGGCAUGGAAUCUUUCAUGGACACACCUAAAGGAUCAGUUAUUGUUUCCGAAUCGAGGACCAGGGAACAUAUGGCACUGAAUCUUCAAAAGGAAGGACCUUUGUUUCUUAGAUCUCUCCACAAAGGUGAUCUCGUUCGCUUGGUAGAUUUGUUAACAUCAGAAAAGAAAUGGGUGGAAGGAAACCCCUCCCAGACGUCGCCAUUCAAACUCACCCAUUGUGAUGGAAAGAGUUCUCUAGAUCAUUCUAAUGUUACAAAUAGGUUGAGAUCCAUCUUUUUGAAUAAACCAUCACUGCAUGACAUACAGAGAUCACCAGAGCAUGAUGGAGAGGAAAAAUGUCGGAAUAUUCCUCACAGUGGAGUUUCACUACCUGCCAUUAAAAAGAAACCCUCCGACGGUUGUAGAAGUGAGAUAAUAGCAGACUGUCAAAAGCUUGUAAAUGAGAUAUUGAAGGAGUACCCAGAAGGAUAUAACAUGGCCUUAUUCCGAAAGUUGUUUCUCGAUAGAUACGGCUACCACCUUGAUUUGCCUAUGCUUGGUUAUCAAAAGUUGGCAUCCCUGUUGCAAACGAUGCCUGGAGUUAAACUAGCCUGCUUGUAA